AUGGCUGGACCAAGUGCUUCUGAGAUCAUCUUCAUCUCUGUCAAUCACAGCAUCACAUUGAUGGGGAAGGUGUGGCUCAUUGUGAUGCUCUUCCUCCGCAUCCUGAUCCUCCUCUUGGCUGGUUACCCUCUCUACCAGGACGAGCAGGAGCGGUUUGUGUGCAACACCAUUCAGCCUGGUUGCGCCAACGUCUGCUACGAUCUGUUCUCCCCCGUCUCUCUCUUCCGCUUCUGGCUGGUGCAGCUCGUCACCUUGUGUAUCCCCUACUUCAUCUUCAUCAUCUACGUGGUUCACAAGGUGUCCAAUGGCCUCACCGUGGAUCUGAACACCUCCGGUCACAUCAGCGCCACGCCACUGUUCAAGAUCCGUCAGGAGCCGUUCAACAAGAGGUCCGUGAACAAGGCACCUCUGGUGGCUGAGGGCUUCACAGGAGGAUACAUCCUACACCUGAUGUUCCGGACCUUGCUGGAGGCUGGGUUUGGAGCUGCUCACUACUAUCUGUUUGGUUUCUACAUCCCCAGGAGAUUCCUGUGCCAGCAUCCACCCUGCACCACCCAGGUGGACUGCUACAUCUCCAGGCCCACGGAGAAGACUGUGAUGCUCAACUUCAUGCUUGGCAUGGCUGCUCUGUCCCUUUCCUUAAACGUGUUGGAUUUCAUCUGUGCGAUCAAGCGCUCAGUGAGGCAGAAGAUCAAGAAGAAGAUGAUGGUGGAGAAAAUAUAUGAGGAAGAGCAAUGUUUUCUCUCAGGCGGGGGAACUUCUAAGGGAAUGGACAGAAACGACCCCUUGGCUCAGCAGGAUUUAGAGGAGGACGCUGGUCAAAUGGGGGGUUUCCGGAAGAGGAGAGGUAGCGGAGGAGGGGUGCUAGGUCUAGAGCCACCUCUCUUGGGGAACUCCUCUCUUCCCCGAUCUCCAGGAUCCACAGGUUGCAACACCAAUGGGAACAACGGCUACUCUGUUACCCAAGAGGAGCAUCCGGAAAGAAACGGCAGUGAGGUGGCUCUCUGUCCCCCGGAGCCAAUGGGGACGCCCAGAUCCAUUCGCGUUAGCAAGCGCAAUAGAGUCAAACCGCCACCUCCCCCCAGACGGGACAUUGGGCUGCCCCCUGGGACAUCGGUGGGGCAAACUGGGGAUGGUUCCCCAGCAGGAAAAACCUGUACCAGACGGGUGGGUCAGUACACGCUGGUGGAGCUGGGUAGUGGCGCAGAGCUUCAGAGCAACGACGAUGCACAGGACAAAAGAUCCGAGUGGGUUUGA